AGAGAAAAAAGAAAAAGAAAAAGAAAAAUGUUGUUGAUGCGUUCUGGCGUUCCAUAUUUAUACGUAAUUUUUGUUGGUUGAAAUGAGUUGUUGUUCUUCCCCAGCCACCCGCCGCCCAAGAGAGAAAAGCCAGGGAGGCACAGGAAGCCAGGAGGAAAGGUUUUUCCGCGGCCUUUAGAACAAUACAGAUACGCCUAUUUCAACCAGUGUCUUCCUUUACAGUUUGAACACUCCUAUCUUCUUAUCCUUCCACCUGACCGGGCGCCAGCUUUCGUGCUUAUCCCAUUCCUAGGUUGAUUCAUCAUUUCAAGAUAACCCAAAAUAGUAUAUAUAUAUAUUUACAUACAAAGAGUUUCAACAAUUUCAGAAAGUUUUCCGGAGACAAAGAAAAUGCACGAGCAAAAGAAGACUGCGGUAAGAGGCUGGGCUGGAGCUUUGUAAAGACCGUCACUGUGAACGAGAACUGCUUACAUACUCCAACUAUUGGAUUUUAAGAACCUGAGGAAUAUGAAGUACGUAUUGGUUACGGGAGGUGUUGUUAGUGGACUGGGCAAAGGGGUCACUGCUAGCAGUAUCGGAGUCCUCCUUAAAGCUUGCGGUCUUCGAGUUACUUCCAUUAAGAUUGAUCCUUAUCUAAAUACAGAUGCUGGUACCAUGUCUCCUUUUGAGCACGGCGAAGUGUUCGUCUUGGAUGACGGUGGUGAGGUUGACCUGGACCUUGGAAACUAUGAACGAUUUUUGGACAUCACACUAACUCGUGAUAACAACAUCACAACCGGAAAAAUAUACCAGUCUGUGAUUGACAAGGAGAGAAGAGGUGAUUACCUGGGAAAGACUGUUCAGGUUGUUCCACACAUUACAGAUGCCAUCCAAGAAUGGAUUGAGCGUGUAGCAAUGAUACCAGUUGAUAGUAAAGAAGGUCCAGCUGAUGUGUGUGUAAUUGAAUUGGGUGGCACCAUAGGAGAUAUUGAAUCGAUGCCAUUUAUUGAAGCACUUGGCCAAUUUUUGUACCGCGUAGGUCCUGGAAAUUUCUGCUUGGUUCAUGUUAGCCUUGUUCCGGUCCUCAAUGUAGUUGGUGAACAGAAAACUAAGCCUACUCAACACAGUGUUCGAGGUCUAAGAGGACUGGGAUUGGUCCCAAAUAUUUUAGCUUGCCGCAGUUCAAAGGAACUCGAUGAAAAUGUUAAGGAAAAACUUGCUCAAUUUUGUCAUGUGCCGGCAGAGAAUAUAAUCACUCUCUAUGAUGUGCCAAAUAUUUGGCAUAUUCCUCUGCUAUUAAGAGACCAGAAGGCUCAUAAUGCACUCUUAAAAGGACUGAAUCUUCACAGUGUAGCAGGAGAACCAGAUUUAGAUGAAUGGACGUCUAGGACAAGGUUAUAUGAUAAGUUACAUGAUUCCGUAAAAAUUGCUAUGGUUGGUAAAUACACAGGCCUUUCAGAUUCAUACCUCUCUGUGUUAAAGGCCCUUCUCCAUGCUUCUGUCGCCAGCAAUAGAAAGCUUACUGUAGAAUGGGUUCCAGCUGGGGAUCUUGAAGAUAUUUCUGCCAAAGAGGCCCCCGAGGUUUAUGCAGCUGCGUGGGAACUUUUAAAGGGUGCUGACGGUGUUCUAGUUCCAGGAGGUUUUGGUGAUAGGGGAGUACAAGGGAAAAUUCUAGCAGCCAAAUAUGCCCGAGAGAAUGGGAUUCCCUUUCUAGGCAUAUGCCUGGGGAUGCAAAUUGCUGUCAUUGAAUUUGCCAGGUCUGUUCUUGGUAUACAUGAUGCUAACAGCACAGAGUUUGAUCCUGAAACCGCGAACCCUUGUGUGGUUUUUAUGCCAGAGGGUUCAAAGACUCAUAUGGGAGGAACUAUGCGUUUAGGGUCAAGGAGAACUUACUUUAAUGUUAUGGACUGCAAAUCUGCAAAGUUGUAUGGCAAUGUAAAGUUUGUUGAUGAGCGACAUAGGCAUAGAUAUGAGGUCAAUCCUGAAAUGGUGUGUCAACUUGAAAAUGCCGGUUUAUCUUUUGUUGGCAGUGAUGAAACAGGUCGUCGUAUGGAGAUUGUCGAGUUAGAUGCCCAUCCAUACUUCGUGGGAGUUCAGUUUCAUCCUGAAUUUAAGUCCAGACCAGGGAAACCCUCCCCGCUCUUUUUAGGGCUCAUUAAGGCAGCAUGUGGCCAAUUAGACGCCUUUCUACAAAAGAAUGGAAGUGUCAGCCAAUUUUCGGCAGACACAACAAGCAAUGGACACGCCAAGAUAAAGAUUCUGCAAAAUGGACACUCCCCGAAGUCAGGGAAUGGGUUAUUGAAUGCUGCAUAUGGCAAUGCAGUAGUUUGCCCUUGGAAGGAUGUCAACCACUGUUAAUGAUGACGGUGGUCGCUUUCGUUAUCACUGAGGACUGGCCUGAAGGUCCUUGGGAUUGCUGUACAGUUGUUAUAUGAUCCAGUGAUGAGGGCUUUAUUUAUAAUUAAACCUGGAUAUUUUUUUGACUGUUAGUGCCGCACUAGUUCUCUAGGAAUCUGUUAGGGUAACUUUAAACCCGUUUCAAAGAGUGCUUUCAACUUCCAAGACAGGUACUGGAAAUAUAGAAAACUUUCUUCGGCAGUUUUUUGCGUUGCAUACUUGGUAUUUGAGUUAUGAGUUAGGACCAAGCUUAAUGUUGUGUAAUUCGUCCAAUAUAGUCACAUUAUGUGCUUCAUGUGAAUGCUUCAUGUGAAUUCACUGUUGAAACUACAUGCUUUUUUCCCUUUCUUA